UGUAAAGGUGCAGGUUCGAGUCCCCAGUCGAGGCUGUUUAUUCCCCGUCUUUUUCCAUUUUCAUUUCUGUCGCUAAUAAAAUAAUAUAAUUUAAAAUAUAAUUUUAAAAAAAUGGUAUAAUCUAUCUCUGACGCAUCGCUCGUCAACCAGGAAGUGAAAACUGAUCCGGUGUUAAAGUGUGAAUGGCUAGUUAGGUGUGUUACCAGUCUUCAAACGGACAGGUAUCCCGCUGUAUAAAUAGCAAUGUCUCCUGAUGAGCUGGUGUACCUGGGAGUCCUUGCUGCUUCCAUCCCUGUUGGAUUCCUCUUCCGGUACCUCAGUCCACCUGUGAAGCAGGGUGCAGCUCUUCUUCUCGGCCUGUCCAUCACUAUCGCCACCUGCCACAUCCACACACUCCACUCCCUGGUGACCGUGAUCGGAACAUGGAUUAUUAUCAAGAGCAGUUGGAGGCACGCCCCAGCGCUGAGCCUCAGCUGGACUUUUCUCUACCUCCUCUUCUUCCGCCUGGUCACUAAGUUUGGUCUGCCAUCACCAACACCUUUCGCCAACGCCGUCCAGCUACUUCUCACGCUCAAGAUGGUGAGUCUGGCCAAUGAGGUGCGCAGCUUCCACGUGGAGAAGAAGAAGGACGUGAGCUCCUUUGCAAAGUCCCCCGUCGUUGGCGGUCUGUCGCAGGAGCCUUCCAUCUACGACAUUUUGUCGUAUAGUUACUGUUAUGUCGGUAUAAUGACGGGCCCUUUCUUCCGCUUCCAAACAUACAUUGACUGGGUGAGGCAGCCGAGCCCGCUGGCCCUCCCCGGUUUGACGCCAUGCCUGCAGCGCUUGAAGCUGGUUCCUGUCUAUGGCGCUCUGUUCCUGGCUGUCAACUCUGUCUUUCCGCUGGCCUACGUUCGUACCGAGGACUUCUUGGAUCAAAACGUUUUCUAUAGGAUGUUCUACAUGGUAGCAAUAUUCUUCGUGUUUAGAAUGCGUUUCUAUUCAGCGUGGUGCGGCGCUGAGGCUGGCUGUAUCAGUGCUGGCCUGGGCUGCUAUCCAGAAAAGGCUCUUUCUAAACCUGGAGGAGGACCUACUGUCGACUACAGUCCUGAUCCCACCACGGAGGAGAAAUAUGACUUCAAAACCAUCCAGAACAUCGACUGUUACAACACUGACUUCUGUGUGAAGGUCCGACAUGGCAUGCGUUACUGGAACAUGACAGUGCAGUGGUGGCUGCAUCACUACAUCUACCCCAACGCCCCCUUCAAAGCCUACACACUCAGGGCUGGCUGGACCAUGUUCAUCAGUGCUUACUGGCACGGACUGCACCCUGGCUACUACCUCUCUUUCCUCACCAUCCCCCUGUGCAUCGCAGCAGAGUCUGCCAUGGAGGCUUCUGUCCGAGCUAAACUGGGUCCACGUGGGCAGAACAUCUUCGACUGGGUUCACUGGCUCUUGAAAAUGAGGGCCUACGACUACAUGUGCAUGGGCUUCGUGUUGCUGAACGCCACUGACACCAUCAACUACUGGAUGUCGAUCUACUUCAUCAUGCAUGUCAUUGCUGUUUGCUGUAUACUAGUGGGCAGGGUCUUAAAGGGAGGGAAGAAGGAAGGGAGGAGAGGGGACAAAGAAGAGAAAAGAGAGGGCGAGAAGAUAGAUAAUGAUAAAAACAAAAAACUCGACUUUGAAAGUGCAGGAUCCCAGUAG